CUCCGCGCCCGCACCAAAUCGACGCCCCGGCGCCGCAUGAUCCGCGGCGCACCUCGACUCCUCGCCGCGCGCUGGCCAUCGCCAAUCCUUCGCCGCAGCCGCCGCAGCCUCGUCCUCCCUGUCUGCCCGAUCCCGCGUGGCUCCCGCCCGCCGGGCGCCUCCUUCCGAGCAGCCCAAACCCUAGCCCCGGCGCCGCGCCGCGCGCCGUCCCGCCUCGGCCCGCUGAUGGAUCCGACCGCGCCCGCCGCCCCCGCCCCGGCAGCCGCCGCGGACGCCGAGGCCGAGGCCGAGACCAACGGCUACGAGGACGCCGCUGAGUUCGAGGACGCGGAAGCUGGGGGCGAGGAAGCGCAGGCCUUGGGGACGCCGGCGAGCGGUGGCGAGGAGGUGAGGGGGCUGCCCGAGGAGCUCGCCAAGGGGGUGGUGUGCCUCGAGUGCGAGACGUCGGCCGAGGCGGCGGCCGCCGGGGUUGGCGGGACCUGCCGCGUCUACGUCGUCGGCACCGCUCACGUGUCGCAGGAAUCAUGCGAGCAAGUUAAGGCUGUCAUCAACUACCUGAAACCUCAGGCUGUUUUCUUGGAGCUCUGUGCCAGCAGGGUUGCAAUUUUGGCACCCCAAAACCUUCAGGUUCCUACUAUGAAUGAAAUGAUUGACAUGUGGAAGAAAAAGAAGAUGAACACUUUUGGGAUUCUCUACAGCUGGUUUCUUGCAAAGGUUGCAAGCCAACUUGAGGUGUUACCUGGAGCUGAGUUUCGGGUGGCAUUUGAGGAAGCAAUGAGUUAUGGUGGCAAAGUAAUCCUAGGAGAUCGGCCUGUCCAGAUCACUUUGAGGAGGACCUGGGGAAAGAUGUCACUCUGGCACAGGGCAAAAUUUCUGUACUAUAUUAUUUUCCAAUCCAUUUUUUUACCAAGCCCGGAGGAACUUAAUCAGAUGUUGAAGGACAUGGAUGAUGUUGACAUGCUAACACUUGUUAUUCAAGAGAUGAGCAAGGCAUUUCCUAGUCUGAUGGAGACGCUUCUACAUGAACGUGACAUGUAUAUGUCUUCAAAAUUGUUGAAGGCGGCGAGGGAACAUUCUUCAAUAGUUGCAGUUGUGGGGAAAGGGCAUGUUUCUGGAAUAAAGAAAAAUUGGCAACAGCCAAUUCAGGUAAAAGAUUUAUUAGAACUACCAGUGGCUAACGAAGGUGCUUCAAAGCUGAAAAUAUUGGCGUCCAUUGGAGCGUUGAGCGGUGUAAUAAUAGCAUCCGGAAUAUACAUAUGGGGUAGAAAAUAACAAACGCGCACACAGUGCAUUUAGGGUGCCUUAGUCUCUAAAAAUGAAUUUAGUUUGUUAACCUAUAAUUUGUUCCAUUUGUUUCAAAUAGAUGUAAUUGCUGAAACAAAAGUUAAACAAAUGAGAGUACAGGACAACACAUGUGCGCCAGAUACGAAACGAAUCAUUUUUUUUACA